AUGUCAUCAGGCCUUACAGAGGAACAAAAGAGAAGAAUCGAAGAGAACCGUCAGAAGGCUUUGGCCAGGAGAGCAGAGAGGCUAGCAGCCCAGAGAGGUGGGCAGGUGGGGGUCGCUGGACCUCAGGUGAAAGGACAGAGUCCAGUUAAUCAGGGAAACUUGAAGGAAGAAAACAAUCAUGUUAGGUUUGUUAGCCAGCACCAACAGAAUCCAAACAGUCCUGCGGAGCAGAAGAGCUAUCUGCGGAAAGAUUAUAGUCAUUACACUGCAAACCAACAGAUGGCUGAUUCACAUGGAGAGCAACAAAAGAAUUGUUCAGAGGACUCGGAACAUGCAAGUGGCAUUAAGCACUUCCCGACAACGAUCUCAAAUCCUCUGAGUUAUUCUCAUAAACAUUACUUGAAUGCUGGUGGUCAGGAACAUGGACAACAAGCUUUAAUUAAUCUUGGUACAUUCCAGCAGCCCAAAUGCUACCCAGCUUUCAAAAACCCUACAGAACCAUCCCAUCCUAGAUUAAUUGAUAACGGGCACCCAGACAGUAGUAAAGAUUUACAGAGUCUGAACAAAUCUGCCAUAAAACACGUUUCACCACCAAGCAGCGCCGCUCGGAGUGAUUCAGAAAUGCUGAUAAACACAAGCAGACCAACGGAAAGAGAAGGGGGAAGUGAUGCCUCUCAGGCCAGUGGUAGGAUGCAGAAGCUGACCAGCUCUGCUGGUGCGGGCUCUGCCUUUGAAGCUGCCGUUUGCAAGAAAGCAAACAGUGUUACAAAUGGAAAAUGUGUGAAAUAUGGGGAAGACCGGUUCCAGGUCGAAAUAGGGUAUAAUGCUGAACUCAUUGCCGUGUUUAAGAAGAUACCAAGCAAAAGCUAUGAUCCUGCUAUGAAAAAAUGGAAUUUCAGCCUGGAAGAUUACUGGAGUUUCAUGGAAGCAGCAAAUCAAAUUUCAUCAGUAAUUCUGGCACCACUGGAAGGAGAAAAUGCAGUUGGCUUGGCAUCAGGCUCUCAUUUUGUUGGCGGUAGAGUUGAUGUGAAAUCCCUCUUGAAGAUGUGUAAGAGCUGGAAGAAACCCUCAGCCCUUGUCAAAGGGAAGUGCGUGCUGAUCUCUCGCUUGCGGUUUGAGGUUGAUAUUGGGUAUUCUGCAGAAGUGAUUGGAGUGUUCAAACAGAUGAAUUCCAGAAAUUAUGAUAUGAACACCAGAAAGUGGAAUUUCCUGCUGGAAGACUAUCCCAAACUAAUGGAAGUGUUACAAAGCCUUGUGUCAGUAGAAGUGGAACCACUGCCUGAAGCAGUAAUACAAACCUUUGCUGCACAAAUACAGAGAUCUACAUCACAGACAGACAUUCCUGAUGCUGACCUUUCGGUAGUGGACUCCAAAAUUGUGACGAGCCUCAUGCCCUUUCAGCGGGAAGGUGUGAAUUUUGCAAUUUUAAGAAAUGGACGUUUACUUCUUGCGGAUGACAUGGGCUUGGGCAAGACCAUCCAGGCGAUCUGCAUUGCUGCUUAUUACCGAAAGGAAUGGCCCUUGCUCGUGGUGACUCCUUCUUCCGUGAGGUUUACGUGGGCAGAGGCAUUUCACAGGUGGCUUCCGUCCUUGAGUCCAGGUAGCACCAAUGUCAUAGUGACUGGUAAAGACAACCUAACAGCAAGCUUGAUCAACAUCAUCAGCUUUGACCUCCUCAGCAAGAUGGACAAGCAACUUAACAGCACAUUCCAAGUAGUUAUUAUUGAUGAAUCUCAUUUCUUAAAGAACAUAAAAACUGCACGUUGCCGAGCUGCCAUGCCUCUACUUAAGGCUGCCAGGAGAGUGAUCUUGCUUUCGGGAACCCCUGCCAUGUCACGGCCUGCAGAGCUCUACACGCAGAUCGCAGCUGUCCAGCCAGCCUUCUUCCCACAGUUCCACUCCUUUGGGCUACGCUACUGUGAUGCCAGGAAGAUGCCAUGGGGUUGGGACUACUCUGGAUCAUCUAACUUAACUGAACUGAAAAUUUUGCUGGAAGAGUCCAUCAUGAUCCGACGUCUGAAAUCAGAUGUGCUUUCUCAGCUUCCAGCAAAGCAACGCAAAAUGGUUGUGGUGGCUCCUGAAGGCAUUAGUGCAAAGACCAAAGCUGUCUUGGCAGCUGAAGCGAAGAAGAUGGCCAAAGGAUAUGAAAGUAAACAACAAGAGAAGGAAGCUCUUCUCCUCUUCUACAGCAGAACAGCAGAAGCUAAAAUCCAUUCAGUUGUAGAAUACAUCCUGGAGUUACUGGAAAGUGGGAAUGAUAAAUUCCUGGUGUUUGCUCACCACAAGAUAAUGCUGGAUGCAAUAGCUGCAGAGCUGGAGAAGAAACAUGUUGAAUACAUUCGCAUUGACGGCUCCACACCUUCAGCCGAGCGGCAGUCUCUGUGCCAGAAGUUCCAGUCUGCCGAGAAGCAGGUUGUGGCUGUCCUGUCCCUCACUGCUGCAAACAUGGGCCUGACAUUGUCUGCUGCGGACCUGGUGGUGUUUGCAGAGCUCUUCUGGAAUCCGGGAGUUUUGAUCCAAGCAGAAGAUCGGGCACAUAGAAUUGGACAAACCAGCUCAGUUAAUGUUCACUACCUGGUGGCUGAAGGCACAGCAGAUGAAUACUUAUGGCCAAUGAUUCAAGAGAAAAUCAAAGUGCUGGGGGAAGCUGGUCUUUCAGAAACUGAUUUCUCCAAAACAGCUGAAUCCACUAAUUACUGCCCUAAGACAGAUCCAAAGCAGAAGACCAUCUACGACCUUUUCCAGAGGACCUUCUCUGAGAGCAGAGAUGACACUGAUGAAGUUUUGCUUUUGGAGGCAGCUGAUGCUUGCUGUGAGUUUGACUCUGACAGUGCCUUGCAAGGUACUGAGGGAGAGAUGUGUUCAGUGAGUCCCCCCAAAAAGCGACGUAUUGAGGAGUUUUUUAAAGUGUAA